CCAAUGCCAAUCAAAUCCAAACUUCACCAACAACAACUCAACACAGAGGUCGGUCUUGUGAAGAGCAUUCGUGAAUUCUGGAAUAUUGUUGCUUGUUAAAAGUUUAUGUGAUGCAAAGACAUUCGGCACUGUUCAGGAAUGUGACUGUGUUUCAUUGACAAUUGUUUUGAACAAUGUCAAUUUAACGCAUUGAUAUUGCCCUUGGUGGCUAGCAUUAGCCAGCUAGCUAGCGUCUUUACGUCUGAGAGACUGGAGCGUGCUGCUGGUGAAGAGAAAGGGCAUCCUGGCUGACAACAAUCGGACUGUUUCGGGACUUCAAUUUUAAUUUGUUGCAACUAUGAAGUUAACGCAGUUUUUGCUAAAGAACAGCUCCAUACCGAAACAAGCACUAGUGGAUAGGUUUUCCAAGUUCUCGCCUUCGCCGCUGUCAAUGAAACAAUUCAUUGACUUUGGCUCAGCCAAUGCCUGUGAGAAGACGUCCUUUGUGUUCCUGCGUCAGGAGCUUCCUGUCCGGCUGGCCAACAUCAUGAAGGAGAUCGACUUCCUCCCUGACAAGCUUCUCAGCACCCCCUCACUACAGCUGCUACAGAGCUGGUAUGCAACAAGUCUGAUGGAGCUUGUGGGCUUCCUGGAGAAAGAUCCUGAUAAUAAAACGAUCCUAAAGAAGUUCACUGAGACGCUGGUGAACGUCAGGAACCGUCACAACAACGUGGUCCCCACCAUGGCCCAGGGCGUAGUGGAGUACAAGGAGGCUUUUGGCUCUGACCCCGUGACCAAUCAGAACGUCCAAUACUUUCUGGAUCGCUUCUACAUGAGCCGCAUCUCCACCCGCAUGCUCAUGAACCAGCACUCUCUCAUCUUUGAUGGAAGUGCCAACCCUGCCCAUCCCAAGCACAUUGGCACCAUCGACCCCGACUGUGACGUGACAGAGGUGGUAAAAGAUGCCUUCGAUAGUUCCAAGAUGCUCUGUGAGCAGUACUACCUGACCUCGCCAGAGAUUGACAUCACACAAGUCAACGCCAAAGGUCCUGACCAGCCUCUUCGUAUUGUCUAUGUGCCUUCCCAUCUCUACCACAUGCUGUUUGAGCUCUUCAAGAACGCCAUGAGAGCAACAGUGGAGACUCAUGAAAUGGCCCUGCAUCUCCCGCCGGUCAAAGUUCGAGUCUCACUGGGCAGUGAAGACCUGACAAUCAAGAUAUCAGAUCGAGGUGGAGGAGUUCCCCUGAGGAAGAUAGAGCGUCUGUUCAGCUACAUGUACUCCACCGCCCCCAGCCCCGUCGAUAUUGACAACUCACGCAACGCUCCACUGGCUGGUUUCGGCUACGGUCUUCCCAUCUCCCGUCUCUAUGCCAAGUACUUCCAGGGAGACCUGCAGCUCUACUCCAUGGAGGGAUAUGGGACGUCAGCUGUCAUCUACCUGAAGGCCUUGUCCUCAGAUUCUGUGGAAAGACUUCCUGUUUACAACCAGUCAGCCAUAAGGCAUUACCAGACGAGCAACGAGGCGGAUGACUGGUGCAUGCCCAGCAAGGAUCCCAAGAAGCUGGGGAAGUAUGAGAGGAGAAGUCAAUAGGGGUGUAACGGUACAGGUGUUCGUACCGAACCGUUCGGUAGGGGGCCUCGUUAAGUCUGCACUCAACUAGAAUGAAUACAUUGAAUAAAAUAUAUACAAAAUAAAAGGCCUAUAGGCUAUGCCUACGCUGCGUUGUAGGCCGGUGCCUCGAGUAAAUUUGAGCUGAAUUAAUUUUUUUUUAGGGCUAUUCUGUUAAAACAACUAGAGCCUAUAUGCACAUUGUAAUCUAAAUUCAAAUCUUAAUUGGCACAUUUUAAACUGUCCUUUUGUGAGGCGUAUCCAGGAACUAGUUCUGUACGAUGGCGAGUGGUGGGGUAGAUAAACCAGGAGGAUCCUCCGUCGUUUAAAUCUCCAGUUUGGAAUGUUUUGGCUUCCCAGUAAAUCACAUUGGUGAUGGACAGAGAGUUGUGGAUAAGACGUUAACAGUAUGUCGCCACAAUUCAACGAGAAUAGGCUAUCCAGCUGCCAACACCUCAAAUAUGUUGACAUCCCAAGAUGGAAACGGAAAGAAACAACCCAAAAUCACCUCCCCUCUGCAUUCAAGCAGCCCUUGGGAACUGGCUCUGACCGGCCAAAAAUGACACGAGCAAUCGGUAGGCUGUGUUUAUAUUUUUUACAGUCUUUGGUUUAAAGCCGCGCCCGUUCUCAGCGGUUGAGAAUAGGGAAUUCCAGCACCUUGUAAAAAUGCUCGAUCCACGUUGUGAACUUCCCUCUUGCACCCAUGUCAGGUUAUACCCGCUCUAUAUAAGCAAGCCACAGUUUUCUAGGAAUUGGCCAAUGCACCCUGUGUUGCGAUUACUUAAAAGUGACAGCCCAUCACCUUACCCCGGAGUGGGAGUGUAUGACUUCACAACUGGUAAAUUCCCACCUCCCACAUGGUUACAAAUCCAGCAGUGUGAAAAUGUAAUUUUCCUGCCGUACCGAAACCAAACCGUGACCCCAAAACCUUAAUACAUACCGAACCGUGGAUUUGGUGAACCGUUACACCCCUAGAAGUUAACCAAACAGACUGAGCUAGCAGGAAGAACAAAGGAGGAAGACCGAAAGGAGGAUCAAACUGACAGAAGGCACACCGUUGUACCCACAGCUAUUACCGUGUGUGAGAGAGAGAUGUGGAUUCCUCUCGCAAUGGAUAUUCUCAUACAUUCACUUGAAGUGGAAAAACACAUCACUGUCGGAGGCGUUUCAAUGGCAAUACCAGGAUCUCAAUUCAAUAAGUGACUUCAUGAAUGUUAGUUAGAAACAGGGUCGUACACUACUCACAAUCAUCUUUUCUUCUGGUUAUAAUUUAACCACAGGUUUCAGUUAUUUAUUCCGCUCACUUAUUUGAACGUUAUUACACAGUGUAAGCUAGUGUUUUUCGCUUAUUAUUAAAAGGGCGAAUGUUUAACGAUUAUUUAAUUUAUCAAUCGACUGAAUUAGGUUAGUACAGCUAAUGUCACAGCACUAUAAUCUGUGAUACUCCAUUUUUUAAAUGUGAAUUUAGUUCUUAACUCUUCACUCACAGCUACGGUUUGCAGCUUGGACACUGAGCUCUAUGGACACAGACAGAUAGUGUGUCAGUCAGAAACAUGAUAAGGCCAUGCUGUCAGUCAAUGGAUUUUCUUUGAUUACCCUUCUACUACAGAUUGUUCUGUAGAUGGGGUGGGGGUUGUGGGGUACAUAGCGGCCUCCGACUCGUAGACUGUUUAGUUUCAGCUCUGAGCAUGUCCCUUUUUUUUACCCCUCACAAAUAUUUGUCCACCUCGAACUUUAGACAAAGUUUAUCUACAAAAGGGAUUUUAUUUGGGAUUUUAUUUAUCCUAAAGGGAUUUUAUUUGGGUUCCCCCCCAUCAACUGUUUUUCUUGGUGCCAUUUUGAGUUACACCCUGGCUUGUUUAAUAAGAGGAGAUGAAAUCCAAGGUCCAUUCAAGGUUUCCUAUUAAGAAAGUAAAUAUUGAAGAGAUUGAAGUAUUCUAGUGUACUUAUUGAGUCCAACUGACUUUUAAAAUAUUUAAUAGUUAUGUGAAUAUUCAGAGAAAUGUUAGAAAUAUCAAAGUUAACUCAAUUUUGUAGAUUUACUAAAAUGAUUUAAUUUUAAGAGGCCGGCUAGGUCUUCCAUGCAUGAAGUAUUUAUUGAAUAAUGUGUGUCGGAGAGCAAAAUGGGAGUAUUAUCUCAUUUCUGUGAUUAGGGAUACAGUAAGACUGAGUUGAAUCAAAUGUUUGCCAUUAAAUUAAUGAAUUUCAUUCCCUGGUAUUCUCUAAGAAAAACUUGCAUAAGACAAUAUGUACACUUACUUACAUUUAACCCAAUAACGGCUAUGUACAGUGCCUUCAGACAGUACUCACACCCCUUGACUUUUUCCACAUUUGAUACGCUACAAAGUGGGUUUCAAAUGUAUUUAACUGUCAAUGAUCACAAAAUACUCUCAAAGUAAAAUAAUAAAAAUAUAUUUUUAUUAGAUAAGUAUUCAACCCUGAGUCAAUACAUUACAGCUGUGUUUUUCUGGGUAAGUCUGUAAAUGCUUUGCAAACCUUGAUUGUACAAUAUUUGCCCAUUAUUCAUUUUAAAAUUGUCAAGCUUAAUGUUGUCUUGGUAAGUGUAUAUUUGGCCUUGCGUUUUAGGUUAUUGUCCUGCUGAAAGGUGGAUUUGUCUUCCAGUGUCUGUUGGAAAGCAGACUGAACCAGGUUUUUUUUUUUAUCCUAAAAAAACUCACUAGUCCUUGCCGAUGACAAGCAUACCCAUAACAUGAUACAGCCACCACAAUGCUUGAAAAUAUGAAGAGUGGUACUCCGUAAUUGUGUUGGCUUCAUGGUGAAAUCCUUGAGUGGUUUCCUUCCUCUCAGUCAACUGAGUUAGGAAGGACGCCUGUAUCUUUGUAGUGACUGGGUGUAUUGAUACACCAUCCAAAGUGUAAUUAUUAAUAACUUCGCCAUGCUCAAAGGGAUAUUCAAUGUCUGCAUUUAAUUUAUUUUUACCAAUAGUUGCCCUUUGUGAGGCAUUGGAAAACCUGCCUGGUCUUGAAUCUGUGUUUGAAAUUCAUUGCUCGACUGAGGGAUCUUAAAUUAUCUGUAUGUGUGAGGUACAGAGAUGGGGUAGUCAUUCAAAAAUCAUGUUAAACACUAUUAUUGCACACAGAUUGAGUCCAUGCAACUUAUUGUGACUAAGCAAAUGUUUACUCCUGAACUUAUUUAGGCUUGCCAUAACAAAGGGGUUGAAUACUUAUUGACUCAAACAUUUCAGUUUUUCAUAUAUUUAUAAACAUUUACAACACAAUUCCACUUUGACAUUAUGGUGUAGUGUGUGUAGGAUCAGUGACACAAAAUCAACAUUUAAUCCAUGUUAAAUUCAGGCUGUAACAACAAAAUUUGCAAAAAGUCAAUGGUUGCGAAUACUUUCUGAAGGCACUUAAAUUGUAAUCAGUCUUUUUGUGCAUGGAACACUGAAGUGGAAACGUCUUCAACGUUGAACUGUUUUCAAAAUGUUUUUUUUUUUACCAUCUAUGGUUUUAAAUCACAUGUUCUCAGGAUGUUGAAGGCAUUUCAUAUUUUUUCUGGUAUCACCAUAAGUGCUGUGUGAUGUCAUUAAACUGGCAUGGGAGGAGCUAUCAAUCAGCUGAAGCUGUUGAUUUGACAUCUUGACGCUGUGGGCCGACGUCCUGACUGGUGCACAUAACCUAUUCCUGUUGACAUGAAUGAUGAUUUACUAAUAUACAGUAUUUGUUUUUUUGGGCAGCCAUCUUAUGUCAGGAUUUCAGUCUAUAUGAAUUUGAAGGGAAUUGAGUGAAUAUUUUAAGCAUCUUUAGGUUCAAUAAAAUGCAACUCUUUAUGUAAUAUGAAGUUCUCCCUCUGCCUUUUUGUGCCAAUGACAAACAAAUGUGCCUGCAGUGCUUCCAUUUAGCAGCCUUUUUGCAUGUGCUUUAGUCAGAAAAUUGUUGUUACCAUAAUCCUAUCCACUAACUAAAGUAUUAUUAAUGCACUCCUGUACAAAUGUGUUUGCUUGAUUUAGUUUGGUUCCUGAAAACCUAACAACAAUGUAAGGGUUGACGAUCAGUGUUUUCCCUCGUGGCUAUUUUAUCCUAUAUUUCUUCUCAUCUUAAAAGCUCAAAACCGAUCGUUAGGAACGUGGGGAAGGUUAUCACAGUACAGUCAAGUUUACCAGUCAAAUGGACCUGUAGAUAACUGUCAACAGUUGUCAUUCAGGCUGAACAUUGAUAUAAUGCAUUUAUCACUUAUUAUCCUGUUCUGACAGUCAGUGGUGAACUUGACCCCUCUAUGUACCCUGAAUUCUAAAGGCCUCUACAGUACUGUACUGCCAGGCUACCCACAGCCAGUGUGUGUCCCAGUGUUUGUUGACAACACACAUCUUUUCACACAAUGCAAUCAGUUGAUCUACUGUAUGGGAUAAUAAGACGUGUGAAAGCUGUUCUGAUGUAUAUGAAACAACUUCAUGAGCACUGCUUGUAUGUGUAUAGUAAUGCCCUGGCUGCUACCUGUUCUACAGUACGCUAUGAGCUAUUCUAGAGCUUUCUGUUAGAGAGCAUGCUUCCUAGUGCACCCUACCAGAUUAGUUCUUUAAAAACUACAAUAAACAAAAUAGGAACUGUGA